GCUCUCUCUCUCUUUUUAAUCUUUAAAAUUUGAAGAUUCUUUUAAUUAUAGUGAUCAAAGAUGUAAAACAGAAGAUGAAUUGUUAAGUUCUUGGCUUAAAGUCAACUUAAUCACAGGGGAAUGAGAAAGAAGAAAGCACAAACCCACGAGAGGAAGGGGUGGGGAAAGGUAGGGAAGGAGAGGAGGUGGCCUUGAGAUUUACCUUUCCCUGUCUAUCGGAUUAUUUAAUCUGGUACUGUGGCUUUGCUUUUGCUGACAGAUGAGAUAUGAAGCAGCCUUAUCGAUACACGAUCAAAUCCUCCAAACCUCUGCUCUUUCUCUCUCUUUCUCUCUCUCUCUCUCUUAAACUACUUUCUGUUCCCCCCUUUCAUUUUCUUCACUGACAGAGAAAUACCUGCACACUUUCUGGCGCACGCACGCAUACUCAAACCAGAACCCCAACCCCACACACAUAACCCAUCUCUCUCUCCCUCUCUCCAGCUAUGGAUAUGAUAAGGGCUGCAGACGCAGCAGAGGCAGAUGCAGAGAAACAGAGAAGGACAGAGCAAGAAACGCAGAUCUUCCAGCCAGAUCAUACCUUAUUAUUGCGCCUUCUCACUGCCACACGAUUCAUCAAGUCCAUAAGAAACGCAUUUAACCCUUUUCUCCACCCCAUACAAUUGUUCCAGUUGCUCUAAGCAAGAAGAAGAUUUUUCUACUUCGUUCCAUCUCUUUAAUGGCUUAGUCGCACCUGGGUUUUGAUUGAAGCUUGAAGAUAGUCGUCUGGGUUUUGCUCUUUUAUUUGGUUUGUUUGUUAGUUGCUCUGUUUCUUUCUGGCCCUUUAUUUAAAGGGCGCUUUCGUUGGAAUGUGCCUUUUUGUUCCGACCUGUGUUGUCUGCAACUAAUCUUGGUUUAGAAAACUGAGGUCCCCUCUUCUGUUCUCAAAUUCAUUCGUUUCACCAUUGGUUAUUAUGAGAUCCUGAAAAGAAGUCUUUUUCUUGCUCUGUCUUAUAUCAUGGUUUUUUAGUACCUUUUCAUGAAAGCUUAGAACCCAUCAAGUUCAACUUAAUUCCUAGUAUUCUUCUCUUGUUUUCUGCAACUGGGUUUUUGUUUCCAUGGAAAACUACCAACUUUUUGACAACAGUGACCCGCAUUUGCCCCCUGGCUUUCGAUUCCAUCCCACCGAUGAAGAGCUCAUCACAUACUAUCUGGUUAAGAAGGUUCUCGACGGUAGCUUCACGGGCAGAGCCAUUGCCGAGGUUGAUCUCAACAAAUGUGAACCAUGGGAGCUUCCUGAGAAAGCAAAGAUGGGAGAGAAAGAGUGGUACUUCUUCAGUCUCCGGGACCGAAAGUACCCAACUGGGCUAAGAACAAACAGAGCCACAGAAGCUGGGUACUGGAAAGCAACUGGGAAGGAUAGAGAGAUUUACAGCUCAAAAACCUCUGCACUUGUGGGUAUGAAGAAAACUUUGGUUUUCUAUCGUGGUAGAGCUCCAAAGGGUGAAAAAAGUAACUGGGUCAUGCACGAAUAUCGCCUUGAAGGGAAACUUUCGUACCAUUACCUCUCCCGAAGCUCCAGGGUAUCAAUCGGUCUUUAUGUGCCUGACGAGUGGGUGAUUUCCCGUGUGUUUCAGAAGAGUCUAGCAAUUGGUGGUGGUGGUGGUGGUGGUGGAGGGAGCAGCAAUGGAGGCAAGAAGAACCGCCUCUCUUCCACCGCCGGCAACCUUAGCCAAGAUGUUGGGUCACCAUCAUCGACUUCGCUUCCGCCACUGCUGGACUCGUCUCCCUACACGGUAAGUGACCGAGAGAGCUGCUUUUAUGAGAGCGAAAGCGCAAGGGAGCACGUGCCCUGUUUCUCCACUGUAGCUGCUUCUGCUGCUGUACCUUACAACAUCAAUCACCAGCUUCCAUUGGUUCUUGGGUCAUCUGGAUCGUCGAUCAUCUCCCCUUCAGACUCUACCACCGCACGAUUUGGGUUUCCAAGCUUGAGGUCUUUGCAAGAGAAUCUACAGUUCCCUUUCUUCUUUUCUCAGGUGACGGCGCCACCGGACGCGAUUCCGGUCUCCGACAAUCAGAAUGGACUUAACAUGUGCAGCUCCGGUGUUAACUGGACGAAUUGUGAACCUCCAAAGAUGGAGAGGAUUGAGACAAGCCGAUUGCCGGUGGGGGCCACCGAGCUUGAUUGCAUGUGGACUUACUGAACUCUUUCGUUUUUAGUGUAGUAGGGUGUGGUGUGAAGUGAACUCUGGAACUUUUGCAUUAAUGACGGAUAUGUACCUAACCUUAAAUGCCAGGGGUAGUAGUACUUAAUAUAUAGUAUAGUAUAGACAGUAUAUGUUACGUUCUAAGUUCUAUCUUUAUGUAUUUUGCAUUUUUCUGAUGGGUCUCUCUGACUAUGAAAGAAUGUUGGGUUUUGUUGUCCUU